AUGAAGAGCGUCUUCGUGGCCUCCACGAUGGUGGCGGCGGCGAGUUGGGCGUACGUGCGGCACAUGCAACUCCCCGCCGGCCCCACACGACUGCAUUGGGGGGCGCAAGUUUUUGGGCACCGCGGCUGCCGCGGCGUGCCGGGCGUGCCGGAGAACACGCUGGACGCCUUCAAGUACGCACUCUCCCGCGGGGCCGCGGGUAUUGAGGUCGACGUGCGGCUCACAAAAGACAAUGAACUCGCCGUCUUUCAUGAUGUCACGUGCAAUGGUCACUUGAAGGGAGUAGCGCCAACAAGGCGCAUUGAUGAGCUCACACUACUGGAGCUUAAGAAUCUCCCAUUUUUAGUGGACCCAACAGGACAGAUACGACUUCCAACGUUAGAAGAGUCAUUACUAUUCUGUAGGGAGAACAAUCUCAAGAUGCUCAUUGAAAUUAAGGAAAUGCGGCGUCCACGACUCUGUGCAGAUAAAGUACUAGAGUUGUAUCGUCGUUACCCAGAUUACAUGUAUGAACAAACAACUGUCAUCGCGUUUAGCCCAUCAAUAUUAUAUUAUGUACGACAACGAGAUCGAAAUGUGGCAGUGGGACAAAUUCAUUCAGGUCGCGUUUUACGUUCCUGGAUUGCCUCAGGGGCAGAAGAUGUACCAUGGUUCGUUCGUGUCUGCCCCAGUUUUUUGGAUCGAGUGCUGAAUUAUGUUCAAGAAAGCAUAAAUCCUUGGGUUUCUGGAGUCUCACUGGUAUGUCCAUGCUAUGAAUUAUUCUCUGAAACAUAUAAGCGCCGAUGGCACACACGAAAGGUUGGCGUAGCCCUUUGGGGUUUCACGGAUCCUGCACAGUGUACCCGCGAAAUGCGAGUCCCUGGUGUACUUAUCGAAUGUGAUGAUCACCAUGAAGAAUUCACAACACCCAAGCAACCUCCAAAUUUUGAUAUAUUUGGUGACAGGGCUCGUGAGCGGGAGAGAGAGGAAGAAGAGCAAAGACGGCGACUAAAGUUGGGUUCUGAGUGA